AUGUGCACACCGAGGGGACUGCUAGUUGACCCGCAAACAAGAUGUGUCCACUGGCAUUCAGCGCUGGACAUCGUGUGCUUCAAAUUCAAAUGCUGUAAACAAUAUUAUGCCUGUCACUCCUGUCACGAUCACUUCGAAUCUCAUCCAACUCAAAGGUACCAUUUGGAAACUGACUCACAAGUUCCCCUAGUCUUAUGUGGAGCGUGUCGCACCGCCAUGACAUUUGACCAAUACCAAAGUGAGUUGGCGUGCAAAUCCAGCUUACAAUGUCCCUUCUGUGCGGCAGCCUUUAAUCCCAAUUGUAAACUACAUUACUCCCUUUAUUUUAAUACGUAA